GGGACGAGCCCCGCAUCCACACGGGGACAUUCGGGCGGCCCUGAGAGUAGCGCGGGGCAGAGCCGAGCGGCUAGGACACGCCGGCGCUUUAGGGGCUUGCAGAACCGGAGAGGGGGAGGGCUGGGCUCCGGGCUUAGACGCAUUUUCAAGUCCCUCCUCUACCUCGGGGUCCUCGCAGCAGCCCUGGGAAGCAGGCCGGCGAAGGCGGUGCUCGCCCAGCGCGUGGAGUCACGAGUGUUCGUCUCCGAGGGCGUCCGUGAGCAUGCGUGUGUGCGCCUGUGCGCGCGAGCCAUGGACGCCGUGGAACUUGCCAGGAAGUUGAAGGAGGAGGCCACGUGCUCCAUCUGCCUGGACUACUUCACCGACCCAGUGAUGACCUCCUGCGGACACAACUUCUGCCGCGAGUGCAUCCAGACCAGCUGGGAGAAGGCCAAGGGCAAGAAGGGGCGACGGAAGAGGAAGGACAGCUUCCCCUGCCCCGAGUGCAGGGAGACGUCCCCCCACCGGAACCUGCGGCCCAACCGGAUGCUGACCAAGGUGGCGGAGAUGGCGCGGCAGCACCCGGGCCUGCAGCGGCGGGACCUGUGCCCGCUGCACCAGGAGGCCCUCAAGCUCUUCUGCGAGGAGGACCGGAGCCCCAUCUGCGUGGUCUGCAGGGAGGCCAAGGAGCACCGCCUGCACCGGGCGCUGCCCGUGGACGAGGCCGCGCAGGAGUACAAGUUGAAGCUGGAGAAGGACAUGGAAUACCUUCGGCAGGAGAUGUGCAAGACGGGGGAGCUGCAGGCCAAGGAGGAGCAGGCCUUAGACGAGUGGCAGAACAAGGUGAGGAGCCGGAGAGAGCGCAUCGUGCGGGAGUUCGAGAAGGUGGGGCUCUGCCUGCUGGAGGAGGAGCGGCGGCUGCUGCAGGCGCUGAAGAAGGAGGAGGAGGAGACUGCGGGCAGGCUCCAGGAGAGCAAGGCCCUGCUGGCCCGGCAGAGCCACGCGCUGGAGCGGCUGCUGCUGCAGCUGGAGGACCUGAGCCAGCGCGAGCCGCUGCACAUGCUGCAGGAUAUCAAGGACCCGCUGGGCAGCUUCAGCAUGCAGUACCCAGAGGUGGUCCCCCCAGCCGUGCUCAGGACUGUGUGCAGGGUGCCCGGACAGAUAGGGGUGCUCAAAAGUUUCCAAGAGGACGUGGUGCCCGACCCCGCCUCGGCCUACCCCUACCUCCUCCUGUACGAGAGCCGCCAGAGGCGCUACCUCAGCUCCCCGCCCGAAAGCACCGAGUUCUGCAACAAGGACAGAUUCCUGGCCUACCCCUGCGUCGUGGGCCAGAACACCUUCUCCUCGGGGAGACACUACUGGGAGGUGGGCAUGAACCUCACCGGGGACGCGCUGUGGGCCCUGGGCGUGUGCAGAGACAACGUGAGCCGCAAGGACAGGGUCCCCAAGUGCCCCGAGAACGGGUUCUGGGUGGUGCAGCUGUCCAAGGGCACGAAGUACCUGUGCACGACGAUGGCCGCCCCCACGCCCGUGACGCUGACGGAGCCACCCAGCCACAUGGGCGUCUUCCUGGAUUUCGAGGCCGGGGAGGUCUCCUUCUACAGCGUGAACGACGGGUCCCACCUGCACACCUACUCCCAGGCCGCCUUCCCCGGCCCGCUGCAGCCCUUCUUCUGCCUGGGGGCUCCCAAAUCUGGCCAGAUGGUCAUCUCCACGGUGACCGUGUGGGUGAAGGGGUAGACACGGGGGCGGAGACGCUGGCACUGCGGAAGGCGAGGUCCUUCUGCUCACUGCUGGCCCCCUGCUGGGCUUGAGAGCGUGGACUGUAUGGGGCUGGUUUCUCAAGGUCCAAAUAUAGUCCUGAUUAAAGCCCUCGAACAUUAAGAGGCUGUACUCACAGAAACCGUCCAGCGCCCCUGUUUCCCAGCGCACCAACUUCUAAAUGCAGACCUGCACACCACCAGUGUGGGCCCAUCUCCUUCAGCUGUGCCUGUCCCCUCCCCGCACUUUGGAAUGUCACUAACUCUGUGGCUCCCAGUUCCCAAGAGGUUGGUUUAUUUAUUUAUUUUUGUACAUCUAAAAAAUUUUUUGUAGA